AUGCUCAGCGCACAACAAACGUACAACUGGCAGACGCCUUUGCCCAGUGGAGUCCGUUCCAAGUUUUGUGCAUGCACAAAACUUUCCACCGGAUUGAAUGGACCUCGCCGGACCUUGCCUGACAAGGAACGCAUUCGCCGAACGACAAACGGACAGGAAACGCAUGUGAACGGAGAAGAACGGAUUGAAAAUUUUGCUCUCCGUCGGACGGACGUUAACGCUAUCCGGCAAAGUGUGACAGAACUGGUGCAGAAUGCUGAAGAUGCAAGAGCGAGAGAAGUUCAUAUCAUCUAUGAUGCUAGAAACUGUAACGCUCAGCUGGACAUCUCCGCAGGGACAAAUAAUGGUCAUCUGAAAGCUCUGAAGGGCCCAGGACUUUGUGUAUACAAUAAUGAGCAGUUUUCUAAAGCAGACUGGCAAGGAAUCCGUUCUAUUCAGAACAGUGUGAAGGAAGAAGAUCGACUGACAGUGGGGCGGUUUGGAUUGGGAUUCAAGUCAGUUUUUCAUUUGUCAGACUGGCCCUGUGUGCUCAGUGGAAAAUAUAUUUUGUUUAUAAACCCACAUGAAUCUGUGGACAAAGUCUGCCUGAUAAACAAGUUGGCUAACUUGGAUGCUACAUCACAGCAGGCCUGCAUGGAUGUGUUCAGUGGUAACUUUGGUUUCUCACGUAAGGUCUUUACUGAAGGCGAAUUCCGGGGAACCAUGUUCUGGUUUCCUUUGAGAAGAACCACUUCAGCCUUAAGUGACAACAUUUAUGACCAGUCCAAAAUAGAAGAUUUAUUCUGCACCUUCCAGGCAGAGGCUAAAAUGACACUUUUGUUUUUGAAAUAUGUCGAAUCAAUCCAUUUGAAAAAGAAAGAUCAUUUGGAGGAAAUACAUUCAGUUUUCUCAGUAAUGAUUGCACCUCAAUGUCUGAAUGACAUUCGCAGGAUAAGAAAAUCAUUCGUGUCUAAGAUCCAAGAUUUUGGAACCAAUCUACCAGAAAAAUCUAUCCAAAGUGACCAGCAAAUAUUGAUUGAGACAGAGUCAGAAUCUUCAGGCACCUCAACUGAAGAAUGGAUUGUUACAAACUUCUAUAAGGGUGGACAGGUUUCUGAGGUGUUCUCCAAGUUACUCCAUGAUACUGAUUUGUCUUACUCGCCAUAUGUUGGCAUGGCAACACCUCUUCAUCAUGAUGCUACUUUUCAUGGUCACAUCUUUUGUUUUCUUCCAUUGCCAUUGGAUGCGAGGAACCAUACUGGACUUCCAGUUCACAUCAAUGGAUUCUUUGCACUAAGCCAGAAUCGGGCUUAUGUGAAAUGGCCUACAACAGAACAAGAGAGAACCCAUAGUCACCUGGACAAAUCAGUUCAGUGGAAUAAAUGUCUAGUGAAAGAGGUUCUUCCUGAAGUCUAUGUAAGACUUGUCCAGUGGCAGAUUGCAUAUUCACAGUCUAAUGGUAACAGUCCCCAAGAUGUACAACUUGUCUACAGCAGUUUGCCACUCCCAUCAGUUGUCAGAGAAAACUGGAACUUAAUUCUCCAACCUUUUUAUGAUCAAUUGUGGCAACUUCCAGUUCUGUACACUAGCAACCAGCAAGGAAAAUGGAUUUGUUUACAGGUCUCUGUGCUGGCCGUAUAUAGAGAUGAUGUUCCCUUGAAAGUACAAAAGACUGUUACAGAAACAUACAGAAGAUACAACAGAAACAUUGUGGUGUUGCCUCCUGAUCUGUUGGCCUCUGUUAAGAAGUAUUCAGCAAUAUCUCCAGAAUACGUUGAAUGUCAGACUCUGUGUACUCUGUUGAGAUCCAACGAUACGUACAAGACAUUCUCACGAGAGGAUCGUCGAAACCUCCUCACAUUCAUUCUGAAGUUUGAUUCAAGCUGUUUACAUGGGCUAGAGCUGCUGCCAGUGGCAGAUGGCAGCUUUGUAACUUUCCCAGCGAAAGUGGUUUUUUGUCCUGGAAAAGCUCAUUUGUUUCCUGGAUUGGAGAGAAAAGUCAUUGCUGAUAAUAUAGAUCAAGAGGUACUGAGGAAACUUGGACACAUGGCUAAAAAUGCCUGUACUCGAUCCAAGAAGUUUAUGUCGGGUGACACACACGCCAGGAAGACUGAGUCGGUUGCCGCUACGGGUUCUAGUGCGCCUUCAAUCACCGAAUUGGUUGUAAAUGUCCUGAAAACCUUGCUGCCAGCUAUGCUGAAGGAGAGGAUGGCUUCCAUGGUGGCCGCCUCGUCAGUGGCGGGUUCCUGCUCAGGGGCGGAUCCAAUGUCAGCGGUUGCGAUUUCCGGUCCGGUUCAGUCUGUUUCUAUGGUACCGAUGGCUUGUCCUGCGGCUUCCUCCAAGCGGCCGUCAACCAUUACGGGGUCCAGUGAGCACACGUUGAAGACUGUUUCCAGCAAGAAGCAUUCCGAAUGGACCGAGUCUUCUAAAUGGACCAAAGUUUCCAAGCAGACCGAGAAGACUGUUUCUCACCGUUCAUCCCAUGAGUGUUCCGGGAUUCCGGGUCGCACCAUAGCCAGGUCCAUAGCCGCAGUCAUUUGGUGGGUCCAGCGGUUCAUCCACACCAUUCCGGAUGCUGCACCGGUUCUAGAUGAUGACACUCACUUGUUGGGGAAGCCUUCACCAGUGGAAUUCACAGAUAGUCAGGCGCAGACCAUGGACACAGCUCAACGAAGAUGUCUUCAUGUGCUGUCCUACUUGGAUGUCUUCUUAGCGGCCAUGGCUACUCAGGUGAAGGAUGCUCGCUGUUAUGCUCUUUUUCAACAGUCGGCACAGAUGUUGGCCUUUUUGACAUCAUCCAUUACGUCCAUGUCCACCAUGCUCACACAUCAUCAUCGACAGGCUUUUCUACGGAAAUUAUCCUUGGACUCUCAGAGGAAGAAAGAGCUUUUAGCACAGCCGUGGUCGGCGUCCACUUUGUUUGUGAGAAAAACAUCAGAGGUGGUCGCUGCAAACGACAAGGAUCAGCAGUCCACUGCAACGAUCAAGGCCCUGCAGCUGAUGACGACUCUUGAGUCUAACAAGAGGAUGAAUACGUUUUCCGCUCAGCCUUUUUUCAAGUACCCUCCCUUGACACUUACACCUCGAGAGAAGUUCCACUCGGCUGCACACGUUCAGGUUCUUCAGGACUCGGUCAACAAACUUCUGAAGAAGGGUGCCGUCUGCAGAAUUCCAUUGGUAGACUUAACACCAGGCUUCUACUGUGAUAUCUUUCUCGUUCCAAAGAAAGAUUCGCAGGACCUGCGGAUGAUUCAUUCAAUGACCAUUACUUGGAUCCUCCACCCAUCUUCAAGAUGCUCAUGUCACUACGAAUGGACAGUCCUGCCAUUUGGGAUCUCCGUGGCUCCAUGGCUCUUUAUGAGAAUUACAGCUCCGGUGUCGCAGUUCCUUCACCAUAGAGGUAUCUACUUUUACCCAUACCUGGACGAUUGCCUGAUGAAGUCUCGUUCCAAGACUCAGCUAUCGAUCCAUGUCUACUUCAUCCUCCAGUUCCUGCAGUCUCUCGGAUUGGAUCAUCUACUUAGAGAAGUCUCGGUUGCAUCCAAUGCAGGACUUACAGUUCAUCGGAGCCCGUCUGUGACCAGAUCUCGGCCUUGUUCAAGUUCCCGUCGAUCGCUGGACCAAGAUACAGUUAAUGAUCACCAGAGCCUUGAUGUCUCAGAUGUCUUUCCAAGAAUGGCAGAGUCUUCUGGAUCUCUUAAAAUUCAUCUGCUAGUUGACCUGCAGCCCAGUCUCCAUUGGUGGCAACGCCAAUCGAAUGUCUUAGACAGAGUCUCUUUGCGGCCCUUCCAAGCGACUCACCAUCUCUUCACAGAUGCAUCUUUAGAAGGUUGGGGAGUUCAUCUCAGCGACCAGACGCUGUCCAGGCCGUGCUCUCCAGAAGAAGCCAAUCUACACAUCAAUCUUCUGGAGAUGUUAGCUGUUUACAACGCAAUCCUCCACUGGCGUCCAAGGUUGAUUGGGGUGUCCCUCAUGGUAGCCACUGACGGUGUUACCAUGGCGGCUUACAUCAGUCGACAAGGCGCUUCGAGUCUAUGUGUCACCAGUCCCAGAUCCAGACACCAUAGCCUUGGCCAUCAGCUGGAAUCAGAUGGACGCGUACACAUUUCCGCCUCCAAUCCUGCUGCCCAAAGUGUUGCAGAGAUUUCAGCGGUUCCAUUGCCGUCUUCUCUUGAUCUCUCCAAUGUGGCCAAUGAGAAUGUGGUUUCCAGACCUCAUCAGACUCGCCGACCCACAUUCUCUACCUCUACCAGAUUGGGAUCAUCUGCUGUGACAUCCCAUAUCAAGGUUACACCAUCCGCAGCCCUGCUUGUUCCGGCUACAUGCGUGGACAUUAUCAUCAAAGGCUUGAAGAAGAAGGCGUUUUCUUCCAAGACUUCUGCGGCUAUUUUGAGGGCUCAUCGCUCGUCUGCUACUGCUGCAUAUAAUGUCCGAUGGCUGUGUUUCCACCGAUGGUGCAUCCGGCAGAAACUACGACCUCAGUCUAUUCUGGUGCCUCAUCUUGCAGACUUCCUGAUGUAUCUUCGUACAUCUCUGAAACUCAAGGGGUCGACCAUUGCAGGGUACGUGUCUGUGAUUUCUAUGGUUCAUGAUCCAGCCACUACUACAAAGCUGUCUGCCAUCCCUGAGAUACACAAGAUGAUUAAGGGUUUAAGCUGGAAGAUCAAGUCCAUCACUUUCGUCCACCGAACUGCAUGGGUUUCUGAGAUUCAUGCCUUAGAUGUGGACCUGGUCCGGUUUCACCAUGAACGCAGUUCUGUUACCUUGGGGCUCCUUAUGAACUACGUAGCCAAGAAUCAGCUGCCUGAUCCUCGUUCCUACAUGGUACAAGCCUUGUCAUCCAUUGUGGGUCUGGACGAUGUGGAAGACUUAUCCUUAUGUCCGUCAUCUAAAAGACAUUACCAAGAAUACGGUAUCUACUUGGAUCCGGUCUACGAUCCUAUCUGCAUACCAGAAGGAAGGUUGGCUGCACCUUCAGCUUCCAAUCCACAUGAAUUGCAUGCACUGGCCGCCACCAUGUCCCUGCACUGUAACACACUCAUUCAGCACAUACUUACUGGUUGUUUCUGGGCGACGGACUCCAUCUUCGCUAACUACUACUUGCAGGAUGUCUCUACCGAGGAUGUUGAGGGCUUCCAUCAUUUGGGACCUGUGGUGGCUGUGCAGACUUUGGAGCUGUACCUGCCACUGUUGACGGAUGCCCCCUUUUCUGGUUGUUGUUACAAACAUCACCUGCAUGAGUUUGUGAUGGGCAUCCCUAGGAGGACUUACCAUGGUGAACACAUGCUGAGAGUAUUGACAAAAAAUGUAUUCCAUGAUUUGGUAAAGGACUGCUUGGAUGUGAACUUACCAGAUGAAGAGAAAUUAUUGCGUUGUUCAUCAGAGUCUUUUGGUAAAGAUUGGUUGGAAAAGGUUUGGGUAUUUGCACAUGAACAUUAUGGCAAUGUGCAGUCAGUGUUUAAAUCAUUACCAGUAAUACCUCAGUUUGAUUUCUCUAAUGAUUGUGCUAUCCUACAUCAGUUGACACAAGUAUUCAUUGGACAAAAGUUACAUCAGAUGGACCCAUUGUCCACAGAACUUGCUGAAGCUUUAACAACACUGGGAAUGAUUGUGCUCUCAGAAGUACCUAGCUUCAUUUCCCCAGCUGUGGAAUUAGGUUUGAUACACGAGCCUUCUAAUUCUGGUGUUGUGAGAGCUCUGAGCCAAGUGUUUAAUGCUGGUAAAGGUAAAGAGGCCAUUGACCAUUUCAACAGGUCUGCAUCCAUAGCACAGAAACAGUCUCUGAUACAGUAUCUUCAGCAUUGUGGACAAACUCUAAGAGCAGCAGCAGAAGUGUUUGAUCCACGACUGACAGCAUUAAGAAAAUUGUUUGUACAUGAAGACAAGUUUCCAAAUGACAAGUUUAAAGAGCAUCGUAUACUUGAAGAAAUGUGUAACCUUGGGUUGAAACAAACUGUAGAUGUGACAUCAGAAGAUAUUUGUCAGAGUGCUAAAACUGUAGAACAGUUGUUAAUAUCUGGAUUAAAAGAUGAAGCUGUGAAAAAGUGCAAACUACAGAUAGACAAACUCAAAUUAGUGACAGUUGAUAAAUGCACUUAUUGCAAGGAAGAAUGGAUGAGGGAGAUCCCACAAUUAGAAGAUUCAAACACAGAGGAUAGUGAUACUGUUUGGUAUGUACACCAAGAUGUACCCCCAACACUAGCAAAAAUGCUUGGUGUUGAAACCAGAAGUGAAAAGCAUUUGCUGCACUAUAUGAAAGAUUUUACUCCAUUUGGUCAGCAUGAAAAUCUGACUAGAAGAAUAAAGCGCAUUCUGUCAGGUUAUCCCCUGGACUCUGCUGUCAUGAAAGAACUACUACAAAAUGCUGAUGAUGCAAAAGCAACUGAAAUCAUGUUUAUAAAAGACUUCAGAACACACCCAUCUGAGAGAGUAUUUGGAGACGCGUGGUCCGAGUUGCAGGGACCAGCUUUGUGUGUGUACAAUGACAGUUAUUUCAGAGAGGAAGAUUUUGUUGGUCUUGAAGAGCUAGGUCUUGGUAGCAAAUCAGAAGACCUGGUGAAGAUUGGACAGUAUGGUGUAGGUUUUAACUGUGUGUAUCACUUGACAGAUGUCCCAUGCUUCCUCACUGUUUGUCCAGACACAGAAGAAGAAACAUUAUGUAUCUUAGAUCCAAAUAUAAAGUAUAUUGAAAUUGCAAAUGAAUACAAGCCGGGAGCCAGAGUAUCCGUUAAUGAUUAUAUACGAACUUUCUAUCAAGAUGUGUUUGCUGGUUUUCCAACAGCUCAAGUAAACAUGACGAAUCAAGGCACAUUGUUUCGGUUGCCACUCCGAACAGCCACAAUGGCAGACAAGUCUGCCAUAUCUGAUUGUAUUGUCAGUACUCAAGAUGUCGUAGAAAUUUUGAAUGGCUUCAAGAAAGACAUGUUCAAAAUCACUGCUUUUCUUGCCAUAAUGACCGUGUCGCUGUACACCAAAGUCACGCUUGCCUGUGACCUGGUGUACGCGACGCGAAACUCCAACAGUGGUCCAAAGCUUGCAAUCAAGCCCUCCCAGGUGGCGGGGGAGGGAGGCGAAUUCCGGGGAACCAUGUUCUGGUUUCCAUUGAGAAGUACCAGUUCAACCCUUAGUGACAACAUUUAUGAUCAGUCCAAAAUAGAAGAUUUAUUCUGCACCUUCCAGGCAGAGGCCAAAAUGACACUUUUGUUUUUGAAAUAUGUCGAAUCGAUCCAUUUGAAAAAGAAAGAUCAUUUGGAGGAAAUACAUUCAGUUUUCUCAGUAAUGAUUGCACCUCAAUGUCUGAAUGACAUUCGCAGGAUAAGAGAAUCAUUCGUGUCUAAGAUCCAAGAUGUUGGAACCAAUCUGCCAGAAAAAUCUAUCCAGAGUGACCAGCAAAUAUUAAUUGAGAUGGAGUCAGAAUCUUCAGGUAUCUCAACUGAAGAAUGGAUUGUUACAAACUUCUAUAAGGGUGGACAGGUUUCUGAGGUGUUCUCCAAGUUACUCCAUGAUACUGAUUUGUCUUACUCACCAUAUGUUGGCAUGGCAACACCUCUUCAUCAUGAUACUACUUUUCAUGGUCACAUCUUUUGUUUUCUUCCAUUGCCGUUGGAUGCGAGGAACCAGACUGGACUUCCAGUCCACAUCAAUGGAUUCUUUGCACUAAGCCAGAAUCGAGCUUAUGUGAAAUGGCCGACAACAGACCAAGAGAGAACCCAUAGUCACCUGGACAAAUCAGUUCAGUGGAAUAAAUGUCUAGUGAAAGAGGUUCUUCCUGAAGUCUAUGUAAAGCUUGUCCAGCGGCAGAUUGCAUAUUCACAGUCUAAUGGUAACAGUCCCCAAGAUGUACAACAUGUCUACAGCAGUUUGCCACUCCCAUCAGUUGUCAGAGAAAACUGGAACUUAAUUCUCCAACCUUUUUAUGAUCAAUUGUGGCAACUUCCAGUUUUGUACACUAGCAACCAGCGAGGAAAAUGGAUUUGUUUACAGGACUCUGUGCUGGCCGUAUAUAGAGAUGAUGUUCCCUUGAAAGUACAACAGGCUGUUACAGAAACAUACAGAAGAUACAACAGAAACAUUGUGGUGCUGCCUGUUGAUCUGUUGGCCACUGUUAAGAAGUAUUCAGCGAUACCUCCAGAGUACGUUGAAUGUCAGACUCUGUGUACUCUGUUGAGAUCCAACGAUACAUACAAGACAUUCUUACUAGAGGAUCGUCUAAACCUCCUCACAUUCAUUCUGAAGUUUGAUUCAAGCUGUUUACAUGGGCUAGAGCUGCUGCCAGUGGCAGAUGGCAGCUUUGUAACUUUCCCAGCGAAGGUGUUUUUUUGUCCUGGAAAAGCUCAUUUGUUUCCUGGAUUGGAGAGAAAAGUCAUUGCUGAUAAUAUAGAUCAAGAGGUACUGAGGAAACUUGGACACAUGGCUAAAAAUGGUGAACACAUGCUAAGAGCAUUGACAAAAGAUGUAUUCCAUGAUUUGGUAAAGGACUGCUUGGAUGUGAACUUACCAGAUGAAGAGAAAUUAUUACGUUGUUCAUCAAAGUCUUUUGGGAAAGAUUGGUUGGAAAAGGUUUGGGUAUUUGCACAUGAACAUUAUGGCAAUGUGCAGUCAGUGUUUAAAUCAUUACCAGUAAUACCUCAGUUUGAUUUCUCUAAUGAUUGUGCUAUGCUACAUCAGUUGACACAAGUAUUCAUUGGACAAAAGUUACAUCAGAUGGACCCAUUGUCCACAGAACUUGCUGAAGCUUUAACAACACUGGGAAUGAUUGUGCUCUCAGAAGUACCUAACUUCCUUUCUGCAGCUGUGGAAUUAGGUUUGAUACACGAGCCUUCUAAUUCUGGUGUUGUGAGAGCUCUGAGCCAAGUGUUUAAUGCUGGUAAAGGUAAAGAGGCCAUUGACCAUUUCAACAGGUCUGCAUCCAUAGCACAGAAACGGUCUCUGAUACAGUAUCUUCAGCAUUGUGGUAGAAUACCUAAUCCAGCAAAAAACAUCUUAACCUGUUUGAAACUGUUCAGCAGGACAAGUUGUAAGACACCAAAUGUAUUGGAUACAUGUAUUAAAGAUAUAUGCCACAUAGCACCUGAUGCACAUCUUCCAGUUGCAUACCCAAAGGAUUACCUUGAUUGUUCUCAGCCAGUGGCCAGGUAUUUUGCUAAAUUACUUGGUGCAGUUAAACAUACAGUUUAUGAUAUAGUUCUUGACAUUUUAAAUAUCAUAGAAAAUGGUAACCAAACACAGUACAGUAGUACAGACAUAGAAUCAUUCAUGAUGUUUCUGAUGCAAAAUAGACAGUUUUUUGUAAACCAGAAGAUAAAGGAAAAGGCAAAGACUGUAAAGUUUCUUUCUCCCUUGAAAGGACAAACUCUAAGAGCAGCAGCAGAAGUGUUUGAUCCACGACUGACAGCAUUACAGAAAUUGUUUGUACAUGAAGACAAGUUUCCAAAUGACAAGUUUAAAGAGCAUCGUAUACUUGAAGAAAUGCAUUGCCUUGGGUUGAAACAAACUGCAGAUGUUACAUCAGAAGAUAUUUGUCAGAGUGCUAAAACUGUAGAACAGUUGUUAAUAUCUGGAUUAAAAGAUGAAGCUGUGAAAAAGGGUCAUGCUGUCCUAAAGUUUCUUAUCAACAAUCUUGAUACAUUAUCUGUCGCAGGUUUGAAGUCAGUUUUAUCAAUUCAGUGGGUUCCUGUCUUGUUGUCAAAACCCACAAACUACCCUGAGAAGCUGCAGCUUUAUAGUGAGUACAUCCAUUGCACUCUAGGCCGACCUAACGAGAUGACUUGCAUCCAGCAUCAUCCACUGGUGGGUUCAACCUGUCUAGUAGCAGCUGAUGAGGUUUCUCACAACAUUGCAAACAUGUUUGGUUGGAAUAAAAGUCCAAUUUUGGACAAAGUGGUGGCUCAUAUUUUGAAUACUGUUGGAGCCAUGAAUGAAGAUGAGUAUGACAAGGUCAUAACAAUAAUGAAUUCAUCAUUUAAACAUCUUUACUAUAGUCAGCCAUUACCACAAAAGAUUCAAGAAAAACUGAAGGAUGCAAGAUUGGUAUGGAUAGAGUCUGAAAGUGAAUUUCAGAAACCAAAUGUCUUGUGGAUUGAUACAUCAGAACAUGAUAUUGAUCUUGAUCCAUUCCGAUACUGCUUGCCAAAACAUUUGAGAGGUUUAAGGGAGUUGUUUGUUGCACUUGGCAGUGCCUUGAAUCAAACAGCAGACAUGUUGCUUGAUGUUCUGGAGGAAAUUAAAAUAAAACAUGAUAAAGGUGAGUUUAGUGAGACUGAUGCUGGCAAGGACCUGGCACUUGUCAUACAGAUACUUAAUGUAAUAAAAACAAAACCAACUGUAGAAAGAAAACGGAUUUUCAUUCCAGUGCAAGCUACAGAUAGACAACUCAGAUUAGUGACAGUUGAUAAAUGCACAUAUUGCAAGGACGAAUGGAUGAGGGAGAUCCCACCAUUAGAAGAUUCAAAAACAGAGGAUGAUGAUGUUGUUUGGUAUGUACACCAAGAUGUACCCCCAUCACUAGCAAAAAUGCUUGGUGUUGAAACAAAAAGUGAAAAGCAUUUAUUGCUCAAUAUGAAAGAUAUUACUCCAUUUGGUCAGCAUGAAAAGCUGACUAGAAGAAUAAAGAGCAUUUUAUCAGGUUAUCCCCUGGACUCUGCUGUUAUGAAAGAACUACUACAAAAUGCUGAUGAUGCAAAAGCAACUGAAAUCAUGUUUAUAAAAGACUUCAGAACACACCCAUCUGAGAGAGUAUUUGGAGAUGCAUGGUCCGAGUUGCAGGGACCAGCUUUGUGUGUGUACAAUGACAGUUAUUUCAGAGAGGAAGAUUUUACUGGUCUUGAAGAGCUAGGUCAUGGUAGCAAAUCAGAAGACCUGGUGAAGAUUGGACAGUAUGGUGUAGGUUUUAACUGUGUGUAUCACUUGACAGAUGUCCCAUGCUUCCUCACUGUUGGUCCAGACACAGAAGAAACAAUGUGCAUUUUAGAUCCAAACACACAAUACUGUCAAGUUGCCAAUAAAUGCAAGUCAGGAGCCAGAAUAACAGUUAAAGAUUAUCUACGGUCAGAAUAUGAACAUGUGUUUGUUGCUUUCCCAACAGCACAAGUAAGCUUGAAGAGUCAAGGCACAUUAUUUCGAUUACCACUUCGAACAGCCACAAUGGCAGAGAAGUCUGCCAUAUCUGAUUGUAUUGUCUGUCCACAAGAUGUCAUAGGAAUUUUAAAUGAUUUAAAAAAAGACAUGUUUAAAUCACUGCUCUUCUUGCAUAACAUGAGGAAGAUUUCCAUUGCAUCCAUUGCAGAUGAUGGCACUAUGCACGUUGAGUAUAUGGUUGAAACUGAGAUGACUUUGAAGGAUAAAAUGAAGCAGGCAGUAUUUGUUGAACAGCUUAAAACUCGAGCAGAAAAUGUUGUUGAUUUUAGUAUGGGUAUCGGUAUGACAGAUUUGUCUGUAUUUGAAAUACAGCUGGAACUAAAUAUCAAGGACAAUGAGAACAGACAUGAAAAAUGGCUUGUUGUACACAGAGCAGGAUUUUCCACUGAUUAUCCUGUACCUGAACUUCUUUCAAAAGCAUGGGCAAAUGGUGACAUCCGUUAUCUUCCUCAAGGAGGUAUAGCUGUGAAUCUAGAACUAGACUCAGUCCCAGACACUACUACAAAACAUGCCUUUUGCAUGCUUCCAUUACCUAUUGAAACAGGACUUCCUGUACAUGUUAACGGACAUUUUGCAUUGGAUCAUGAAUCUAGGAGAAAUCUGUGGACUGGAACUAAUGACUACAGAACAGUUUGGAACACACAUCUUGUAAGAGCUCUUAUUGUACCUGCAUAUUUUACAGCGAUGCAAUCUAUGAAGGCAAAGCAUUUUGCCUAUUGUGGGGGUAAUGUGAAUAUGAGUUUGGACUCUGCUGAAGGGGUCAUUGCAAAGUAUAACAGUCUUUUCCCUGACAUAAAGACAUGUCCAAAUGAACCAUGGAAGUCUUUGGUCAUCACAUUCUAUAAGGAGAUAAUUAAUAAAAAAUUAUUCAUGUUUGUGAUACAGCCACAUCAAGAGAAAAAAACAAAAGAGAAAAAGAAUAUUGUUGUUAAAAAUCAAGCAAUGAGACUUGAAUGUGCUCCAGCAGUGGUUGAUAAUGGAUUUCCUGGUCAUUUUAUGGAUCUUGAUGUGUACUUUCCUGAUGUUAAAAAGAAAAGGGAACAAACAACUUCCAGUGAAGAACAUGUUCCAGAGAACAGUAGCCAAAAGAAGAAAUUUGAGCUGACAUGUAUUUUGAAAGAUCUGGGUAUGAAAUUGAUUGAUGCUCCAAUGGGGAUAUAUCUGAAUUUCCAAGAGAUAGGUGUUGAAGAUCAGGUUUCAUUGGUAACCCCAAAAAAUGUUGUAAAAUUCCUAAAAUCACACAGUGUCAAGACAUUACCUGGUAAAUGCUGUAUUGGCAAUCUACCAACUGACGUUGAGUGUACACCACUGAAAGAAUCUGAAUCGGUAAAAUGUUUGAUUAAAUUCUGCCAAAUAGAAGAAAAUUUCUGGGAUGAGUUGGAAGGAAUGCCUCUGUUGUUGACACAGUCUGGAGAGUUGGAUACGUUUACAGAGAAGAAUCCGAUUCUUGUCAGUACAUAUGCUGAUUUGCUGCAUGGUUCUAGCAGCAAACUAAUUUGUAAAUCUCUUGUCAAUUUAUUUGAGAAAAAAGUCACUAAAGUUCCACAAUUACGUCGGCUGGAUAUUGAGGCCUUUUCAAAGUUACUGGAUGCCACAUUAGACCACUCAUUGUUUGGAGUAGGUAUCCCUGUUCCAUGGUUGGAAAAUUCAAACUAUCCCAAAAAAGAAUGGAUUAGUAGGUUAUGGAAUUUCCUAUCAGAAGAGUUAGAAUGUACUAAGCAAGGAAAGGUAGAAAGUACUAAGCAAGAAGAGAAAAACAUCAAACCACAAAGUACUAAACUACAAGAGAUUGAAAAUACAGCAACAGAACAGAAGAUUAAGAGCACAGACUUCAAAAAAGAAGAAAGGUAUGGAAAUGCUAAAGUUGCUCUCGUAGAGUUAUUGCAAAACUGGAGUUUGAUGCCUGUCAUUUGGAAUAAGAAAGUUGGCAAUGAUGAAAAUUCUGUCGCAAACAAAUAUUUAUUUCCUCUAAAAUGUGCCAAGAGAGUAUUUUAUGGGACUGUGACAAUAAACGAAGAGCUGAAAGAAGCAUUGCACAGUCUAGUGGUUCCAAAACUUGAUCUUGCUGCAUUUGAUAUAAGAUGUUUUCUCCUACCUUCCUCAUGGGAUCGAAAAAAUAGUUGGAAACUAGCUUCAGAAUUAGUUACAACACCAUCAAGUCCAAUAGAAUUGCUUGGUCUGUUAGUUUCAUAUAUACAUAAAGACACAUUUUGCAAAACAUUUGGAAGAACUCUUUUAGAAUAUUUUUCAAAAAAUGUCAAAGAGCUUGCUGAAACAUCUAAUACUGAAGAUUGUAAGCAAAUGCUUAAAACAUUAACCUUUUUCAAAAAACUUGAUAAUUCAUACACCUCUCUUGCAGAAUGUGAAAAUAUUGUUUUUGUGAAAGACCACAUGCUCUUUCCAAAAGAUGGUGUUGUUGAUUGGUGUUCAGAAACGACUAUUAGCAUUUUUGAGGAAGAACCAGUCCUGUCAAAAUUGUAUGAUUUUCUAAACUUGAAUCCAAUUUCUGAAGUCCGACUUUAUUCUGAUUUCUUUUUCCCAAGAUUUCAGUUAUUUUCAACUGAAACAAAAAGUGCCCACCUAGAAUACUUGAAGAAGAUUUUAGUAAAAUAUGAAAAAUUAAAUGAAGAAGCGGAAACACUGCUUCAAAUUUUGACACAAAUUCCAUUUAUUGAAACAGAAGAUGGAACACUCCACAAAGCAAGCAGAUUUUAUAGCAAAAAAGAAAAAGUAUUCCAAGUUAUGUGUGACAAAUCGGACUUCCCACCACAUCAGUUUGAUGGUGACGAGUGGCAUGAUUUCCUGGUUCUAGCUGGCAUAAUAACUGAGGUAUCAGAUGACAUGUUCAUUGAAUAUGCAACAGCUGUAGCUAGGAAAGGUUGUAUAAGAAUUUCAAAAGAGGUUGCCAAGAUGUCUAUGGUUCUCAUGAAUCAUUUGAAACCACAAACAUUUGAAGAGAAAAGAUCCACCAAUAAAGAACAGUUACAGCUUCUAUUUAAAACAAUUAGAAACAUCAGGUUUAUUCUUCCUUUUGAUAUUUCUAACAUUAGAGAUGGACAUCUGAUGUCAAGCAUUUGUCCUCAGUUUGAAGGUGCAGCAAGACUGGUAUCAUUUAAAGAUUCUGCUUGUCAAACAUAUCCUAUUUAUCAGAUUUGGUCAACUUACCCUGUGCUAUGUGACCAAGCCAGUUCUGUUAAGGAAUUCUACACAAAGGUUCAGCCUGAUGAACCACCAAAGAAAGUAGUUAUAAAACACAUGAUAAAUAUUUGUUCAUGCAAGCAGAUAGAUGGGAAGUCAUUUCUACAUAAUGACACAAGACAAUUUGUUGAAAAAGUUAUGCGCAGUUUAUAUCAGUAUUUUGACAAAACUGGUUUAUCUGGUUCUGAUGUUGAGCAGUUGAGUUCAUUUAAGACCGUGUUUCUUCCUGAUGAGUGUAUGUUUGUGAAAGCAGAACAUGUUGUGAUUGAACCUGAAAACAAUGAACUCAUUAGUGGAUACUUGUACAAAGCACCAACAACCUAUGGCCGGUUCUUUAAAGUAUUUCAUAAACUUGGGGCUAUUAAAAUAGCAACUGCUAAUCACUAUGCCUCAAUAUUGAUUAAACUAUACCAAGAAACAAAAGGUGGAAAACUAAAUCCCAAUGAGCAGAAAACAGUGAAUCAAGCCAUAACACAGUUAUUCCAUUGUCUAAAGGUGGAAAACAAGAAAGAACUGCACAGCAAACAUCUGUAUCUGCCCAAGAGAGAUCAUGCUUUGACUAACUCAUCAGAGCUAGUAAUGAUAGAUGAUAAAUCUUUCAAGGAAAGGAUUUCAUGUCUGAAUCUCUCAUUUCUGUUGGAUUUUAAAACAAUGGGUUGUAAGGAGAUUGAUCCAAUAAAAGCUUUAAAAUCACUACCACGAAAAUACCAACCUAAACUAUUGACUGAUAUAGUGCAGGAAAAGGUUUUGUCUCAGAAUGAUAGAGUUUUUUCAACAAAAUAUAUGAACGUUUUACAUUCUGAUCCUUUCAUUAGUGGUAUAGUUCGCUUGGUCAGUCAGAUGAAGAAUAAAAAGGAUCUGGAAUUUUUUGAAAACGAUGCAAGAGAAAUUGAACUAAAAUUAACAUCUCUGAAGAUAUUUGAAAUGGAAGAAUUAACCACAGUUCUAUAUUAUCAAGACAAGAUGAUACCUGAAAGUCAAGAAUCUAAGCAGUGUUUCAUAGAUUACAAAACAGAAAAACAUGAAUGUGUUUAUCUUAAAGCAAAUACGCAUGACAAUAAAAGUAUUUAUGUUGAAACUAAUAAACUGGCACAAGCAGUCAACUUGAUUAUUGGGGAACAGUUAAAUGACUUGAUAUUGCACUUACCUCAAAUGAUGCAGUGUGAACCAGAUACGAUAUGUACUUACUUAGAUCAACAAGGAAUCAACAAUUGUAUAUAUGAUAUAUCUGAAAAUGAUGUUACUUGGAUGCCAUCCGCUGGCGAUACCAUUCCUGAAGACUUUCAUUGGAUGCUGGUGAACAGGUUUGACUGGUUGGAAGUAGGAGAGUAUGUUGGGAUGGAGGUGUAUGAUCCCCUCAGUGAUGUGGAUACAGCUGAAGAGUGUGUUGAUGAGCCAAGAUAUUGCUAUGCAGUUGUAAAGGAAAUUAAGAAACAUAGCACCUCCCCCAUCUUUUGUCAAUAUGUAGUAGAUGUUGGCAAUGGAAGACGGGAACUGAUGUCUGCAACAACUUUGUUCAAGAUGUACCGUCCAAAAAUAGCAGACAUUACAGACCUUGUUUUAAGUGAUGCUAUUCCAAUACAGAAUGAUGAUACUGUUAACAAAUCAUUGGCAGACAUAUUGAAGAAUAUAAGAAAAGUCCUCAAAGAAUGUUGGAAAAAUCUAGAUGAUGUUCACAGAAGGAAAGUGAGAAAUAGAUUGUACUUAAGGUGGCAUCCAGACAGAAACCUUGAGAGAAAAGAACUGUGCAACACAGUAUGCCAAUACCUUAAGCAGUAUGUAGAAAAACUCGACAGAGGUGAGAGUAUUGAGAAUAUGACAGUUGAAGAUGAUAUUCUUGGUGGCUCUCGAUAUUACAGAUGGUCAGAUGAUCUAAAUCAAAGAGCUUCAAAUCAUAGGCAUCAUUGGGAGAAUGCUAAGCAAGAAGGUUCUUCAUAUUUCCACAAGACUCGCAGAAGUACUAAACAAUGUGAUCCUCAGGAAGCUCAAAGAUGGCUGCGACAGGCUGAAAUAGAUUAUGACUCAGCUCGACAAGAUGCCACAUUCAACUGGAUCUGUUUCAAAUGUUACCAGGCUGCUAAAAAAGCAAUUGCUGCCCUGCACUAUAACACUGUGAAUACAGGAGAAAAUACAACGAAUAUCCAUGAUUUGGAGAAGUUAACAGAGAAGGUUUACGAUCCAACUUUGAUCACAUUGGUCCGCCAGCUUAAGAGCACAAUCAAGGACCAUGUGAGACUUCUGUAUCCAGAUCCGCUGACUUUUCCACGCAUUCCAUCCGAUGUUUACACUGAAGAGGAUGCACGGCAGGCUUGUGAGAUAACUGGCAGAAUUAUUGAACUUGUUAAGCAGAAGCUUGGUUAAAGUAACCAUGACACCUUGCCUUCAUUUGCUGUCAUUUUAUACUAUUUGAACUUAUUUUCGUGCUUAUAUCCAAUUAAGGUUCAAGAACGCUGUCCUGGUCACACACCUCAGUCUCUCUUACUCAACUUUUAUUCAUAUUUAGAAGUAGAGAUAAUUUUUAUGUUUUUUAGUCAAAUGUUUAAACAAUGUUAUUAAACUGUGUACCUUAGAGUAAGCUUAAGUAAUAAUGACUUAACAACAAAUGUCAAACUUGAAACGACAAGACUGAAUGUGAAUUAUUCACAAUUACUUCAUUAUGUUCAUUGAGAUGUUUCUAAUUUUUAGUUCAGUUGUUAUAUGCAUGUGUAUAUUUGUAUGUUAUUCUCUUGGAUUUAAUAACAAAUCAUUUUGCUUUUUAUUUAAACAUUAGAAAUUCCUGCUUUGAUAAUUAAAUUGAAAUCACUUUUAUCUUUAGAUCUUUGUAAAUACAUGGAAAUGUCUUGAAAAUGUACCAGAUACAAUAAUGACUGGAAAUAUUUUGUAUAUACAUAUAUUUCUCUUUAUUUUUCUUGGUGUUGAUAGCCUACAAUACUUUACUUUAUGACUUGAUUAUUUUUGUUUUGUACUUAUAACCACUAACAGCUCAAGCCCACACAUUAGCUAUGUGGGCUGUCUGUCUAAGACGGGUUAAACAGACUCUGGAACUGGUACUGGGAUGUGAACCCAGCACCUACCAGUCCUAAGUCUAAUGGCUAAACCAUUAUGCCACCGUUAUAUAUGACUCUAUUAAAUGUCAAUGAAAUUAAUUUUAUGUGACUACAAGUUGUACAUGGGUCGAAAAAAUUAGUUGAAAUUUGGUCCAGAAAACUACAAAUUUUGUCUGUACUGAAUCAAAACCUGCCAGACUAAACACAAUCAUAAAGUGUAAAGGCAAAAUAAUUACCAGUCUGAUGGGAUGCUUGGCACAAAUAAUUAUCUCCCAGUCCGUGGUAAUGUUGACUGGAACAAAAAAAGAAGUGUUGGGAUGGCAGUAUUUAGACCAUAGUUUUAUGUUGUUAGUUCAGAUAUACAUGUAUUUAGAAAUGCAUCACGUAUACCUUUUUUAUUUGUCCAAUUACAUGUUCCCACUUACAAUGUAAAUAACUAAAUUCAACUUCAACUGUCAUUGCUUCAUACACAUGAUCAAUGUAAAUACAACGGGCUCAAUUUACGAAGCCUGUUCUUCUUAUAUGUAAAUGUAUGUAGUUACAUGCAUGUAAGUCUAAAACAGGCUUUGUAAAUUCAGCUCACAUUUGUACAUAUGGUACUCUGUUAUCGAUUUGUUAAAUAUUCUGUAAAUAUUUUUGACAUUUUACAUUUUUAAAAUGUUUUACAGUUAUCAGUUUUAUAGCUGUUCCAAUUUGAUGGUAAUGGACAAGUUAGAAAAACAUAUAUAAGAGGGUUUGAACUUUGGACUUGUAUGUUUUACAUUACACAAUAUUUUUAUGUAAAUAACAUGCCAGUUAAGUAGGUAUUUAUUAUCAUUUGAUUUUGAAGAAAAUAUUUAAUUUUGGCAGUUUAUUUUUUAAACUGUUAAAUGUUUUGAAACAGUACUAUGUUAUUGAUUUUUAAAAUAUUCUGUAAAUAUUUUUGACAUUUUGCAUUUUUGAAAUGCUUUUCAGUUAUCAGCUUUGUAGCUAUUCCAAUUUGAUGGUAAUGGACGAGUUAGAAAAAGAUAUAUAAGAGGGUUUGAACUUUGGACGUGUAUGUUUUACAUUACACAAUAUUUUUAUGUAAAUAACAUGCCAGUUAUAUUGUUAAUUGAUUUUGAUGAAUAAGUAGGUAUUUAUUAUCAUUUGAUUUUGAAGAAAAUGUUUAAUUUUGGCAGUUUAUUUUUUAAAUUGUUAAAUGUUUUGAAACUACUAUGUUAUUGGUUUUUAAAAUAUUCUGUAAAUGUUUUUGGCAUUUUGCUUUUUUUAAAUGCUUUUCAGUUAUCAGCUUUGUAGCUGUUCCAAUUUGAUGGUAAUGGACAAUGAGAAAAAAAUAUAUAAGAGGGUUUGAACUUUGGAUUUGUAUGUUUUACAUUACACAAAAUUUUUAUGUAAAUAACAUGCCGGUUAAGUAGGUAUUUAUUAUCAUUUGAUUUUGAAGAAAAUAUUUAAUUUUGGCAGUUUAUUUUUUAAAUUGCUAAAUGUUUUGAAACACUAUUACAAGAAGGUAAUACUACAAAUUGAUCACUUGCAUCUACAUUGUUUCUUAUAGCAAUUGUGGACCGUAUUGAUGAAUGUAAGUAGUUAUUAUUAUUAUUAUUAUUAUUAUUGUUAUAACUUACUGUAUCAUGCACCUUUGAAUGUAGACAAUGUUAAUAGAGGUUACUUGAUGCACAAUUUGUGGAUGACAUGUCAUUUAGUUACUUUAUUUGGUAAAUAUUUACAAUUAUCUUAUUUUGCUUGUAACAUUUUUCACUUUUCAGCCAUAUCAUUUUUAACCAUUCAAGUGGAUGGAAACAUUACAUACAGUUAAAAUAUAAAUACAUUUUUCUUAUAGUGUAAAUAAUUAGCUUGAGAAAAAUCAAUGUGUAUUCAAAAUAUUGAAAAAUAUAUAUAAUUGUACCGGACAAAGUUUCUUAUUGUUUGUAUCAGAAUAAAUUAUAUAGUAAUAUUAUUUCAGAAUACAGCAAUGCAAGUAUAUUUGUUGUGAUGUCAUAACAUGACACCAGUUUGUAAAAUUACCUACAAUGUAUAUUACAAGUUGAUUAAGACCACUUAGAAAACACAACUGGACAACUGUCCUGUCAUUUGUGUCUUUGAGUCAGUUCCGUUAGGUUCAUGCUACUGUGUUAAAAACCAAUACAUGUUAAAAUAUGAGUUAAAUGUAUAAGUUACUGUGUUAAAACCAAUACAUGUUAAAAUGUGACUUAAAUGUAUAAGUUACUGUGUUAAAAACCAAUACAUGUUAAAUUAUGACUUAAAUGUAUAAGUUACUGUGUUAAAAACCAAUACAUGUUAAAAUAUGACUUAAAUGUAUAAGUUACUAUGUUAAAAACCAAUGCAUGUUAAAUUAUGACUUAAAUGUAUAAGUUACUGUGUUAAAAACCAAUACAUGUUAAAUUAUGACUUAAAUGUAUAAGUUACUGUGUUAAAAACCAAUACAUGUUAAAAUAUGAUUAAAUGUAUAAGUUACUCUGUUAAAAACCAAUACAUGUUAAAUUAUGACUUAAAUGUAUAAGUUAGGUACUAUGUUAAAAACUAAUACAUGUUAAAAUAUGAUUAAAUGUAUAAGUUACUCUGUUAAAAACCAAUACAUGUUAAAAUAUGACUGAAAUGUAUAAGUUACUGUGUUAAAAACCAAUACAUGUUAAAAUAUGAUUAAAUGUAUAAGUUACUGUGUUAAAAACCAAUACAUGUUAAAUUAUGACUUAAAUGUAUAAGUUACUAUGUUAAAAACCAAUAAAUGUUAAAAUAUGACUUAAAUGUAUAAGUUACUAUGUUAAAAACCAAUACAUGUUAAAAUAUGACUUAAAUGUAUAAGUUACUAUGUUAAAAACCAAUACAUUUUAAAAUACGACUUAAAUGUAUAAGUUUGUAUGUUAAAAACCAAUACAUGUUAAAAUAUGACUUAAAUGUAUAAGUACAUCAUUGACAGCUAAGCCUAAAUAAAAGAGUUAAAUGAAUAAGGAUACACUUUUUCUGUUCUGGACGGAAAUGAGCUAAAACAAAUUGCUCUGAAUGUGUACAUUAAAUCCGAUGACUUGACUUAAGGAUAAGCUGCCCCAGAUCAGGCCUCUAAACACUGUGAGAACUACAUGUAUAUAUACUCGUAGUUUCAUCCAUGCAUGGCUAAUGCUAGUCUGGUUUUAGAAUAACCUAUUUAUCAUUUGCUCAUUAAAUUUAGGACAUCAUUUUUACAUGGUCAUGAGUGGUUAUGCUAAAAUAAAAUGGGUUACCUGAAUUUGUUUUUACAUAACCCAUAAAUAUUUACACCAAUUUGAAUUCUCAGACGUCUGCCAUGUGAUGUGUAUCUUUAUAAAUUGUUUUGUGUUUAUACUGUACAUAUUGUUAUUUCAUUUAGAUAGCCAUUGUUCUUUAGAAUUUAAUAUUCAAAUGUGAACAACAGAAAUGCUUAUUUUGUUAAAUUGUUUAGUGAAAUGUUUAAUGCAUUGAAAAUGUUGAUGACAAUUUUUUUAUUUUAUAUUAUACUGAUCACUGAUAUUAAUAAGUGACCCCCAAAUAUUAAUAAUUUAUUUAAAUAACAUUGUUUCAUAUAGCAAUAAUGACAAUAAUUUAAUUCAGUACAUAAGCUGUAAUAGCUGUAUUUGAUAUUUUUUGUUAGGAAUAGAAGUAAGUGGUUGUAUUGGUCAAAUUUACCCAUCCUUGAUGUAUAAAUGUGUUAUACAUAUACUGUAAAUAAUCAUUUCAGGUCUCCCAACCCUGACAUUACUGAAUGGUUUCUGGGGCAAUAAAAUUUACUUGUAAAAAGAAUAAUAAAAUCCAACAGUUAUAACCCCCCACACACACACACACACACACCACACCCACAUUCACCCAGUAGAAAUGAUGUAUUCCAUUUAAAAUCAUACAAUUCUUUUCUAUAGUAGUGUAACACAAUCUUGAUCAUUAACCUGUAUUUAAUGUGUCACAUUCAUUUCAUUUUAGUGUGGUUCUAGUAACAACUAUUUGUCUGGUAAGACUUAUUAUGAUAUGUCUUGAGAUUUACAAGAUAGACUAACAUUUAUGGCAAGUAUAAUAGUUCUAUUUACAUGUAUUAAUGUUAUUUUUAAAAUUGGUAUUUUUUAAAAACACUUGACUAUAUGGUGAUAAUGUAAUAUCUGACAUGAUUAUGAUAAUUAUAAUUGCCUUUGCUUAAUUUUGAAUUUGUUAUAAUUUACAGAGAUUUUGUAUUACCUUAUGAUGUAAAUAUUUUCAUAUAAUAUUAAAUGUUUUUUUAAAACAUUAUAGAUAUCAUGCUUAACACAUAAAAAAUUUGCUUAGGCAAUAAGUGAAGAGUUGAUUUCCAAAAUGUGAUGUGUGUACACCACAUUCCAGAUUUUGGACUUAACAGUGAAGGUAUACUGUUGUCAAUGCAACUCAAUUAAUAUUAGAAGAUUGUUUCUGUCAAAAUGUCUUAAGUGUAUGUGACAAGGAGGCUGGGGAGGGGAGAACUGCCCCCCCCCCCCCCCCCCAAGGCAGGAGCAAAUCCUGAAAUUCUAGCAAAAAAGAUAGAAAUAUUUGUGCAAAAUGAGCUUGCCUGAAACGUUUUCACCAUGUAUUUCCAUCAUUCUACCAACAAAAUUAAUUGUAAUCUGUAGGAAAAAAUCAGCCUGCCCCCCUACAAAAAUGGGAGCCUGUAUGCCUAUGUCAAACCACAAUCUAUAUACAUUGAACAGGAUGUUACAACUAUGCUCAGUAUGAUAUGUGCUAUGUCAUGCUGUGGUACAACCUUGAUUUUCUCCAAAUGAAGUAAAUGGAUAUUUAGUGUUUUGGAAAUGAACUCUUCAAGUUUUAUAUAUGAUGAUUUAAUUUUUAAAGCUCUUUCAUGUUUGCAUAAUGAUAGCUUCCUGCCAAAUUAUUUAUUAGUUUUUGUUUUGAAAUGCAAAAAUGAUAUUGUCAGUUAUCUGCUAUGUGACACCACAUUUAUUUACAUAUGUGUUGCACACAUUGUCUACUCAUAAUUGUUUGACAGCAAAUAAUUGGCUGUUAAUUCAGUGAAUGUUAUUCUGAUGUAGAUUUUUAUUUUUACUAUUUUCCCCAAAUAUUUUAUGGAAAGCCACUGUUUAUGAUGAGUGGCAGCACAUUAAAAUUGUGAAUUAAUCAAGUGAAUUAUUCAAAGAAUGAAUUUAAGUUCAAUUAAAUUGUACUUGGAUUUCAAAAUGUAACUAUGAUAAUAGACCUUUAAAAUUGCUAAAUGACUAAUAUUUACUGUGCUGUUAUUUUGCACAUUAAUAAAGGAAUUACAACUCUA